AUGGCUCAACUGCAUCAUCCGCUUUCUUGGAUGCCUGUCGUUGAAAAGUUAUUUCAGUUUUUGGAUCCGUUACAAGAGGAUCGGGUUUUGUUUAGGCUUGGUUCAACGUGCACAGAUUGUUAUUUGGCCGUUACAUUAUUAGCAAGAAAGAUGCUCCUUCAGGCUUUUUUGAAAGGAAAUGAACAAGUAGCCUUUCCGUUGCCUCUUGAUGAUGGAGCUUCCGAUACAGAAAUUGAAAUCAGAGAGAAGGAAUUGGGCGUUGGUAGAUUUCCGUUUUAUUUGAGAGAGUUUUUGAAAUUGAAUCGAGGACGUUGGAGCUGGAAUGAAAAACUCAUUCAUCCGACCAAUGUUGUGUGUCCCAUGGAGGAAUGGGAACCAUUACAUUCAUCGACAUAUAUCAUGUUUUCAAGGCAUGCAUUGAACUCAUAUUUUACAACCAAAAAGACCAAAUCAUUGAUAUUAAUUGGUUGUUUAUAUAAGAAAAGAGCUUGUGUGUUAUACGAACCAAUUUGUGGAGGAUUGUUUUGUUUAUAUCAGAAUAGGAUAAAGAAACUGAGGAGCAUCUUACAUUGGUAUUCAGAGCCUGUCGAUCAAACAUUUAAUUUUGAUUUUGUCCCAUUUACCAAGAUAACAACGAAAGAAGAAGCAAUAGCAAAUAUUCAAAACCAUACACGUGUUUCAGUAUACCCAUUUUUAACAAAACAAUUGAGGGAGGAUAUUGACGUGGUUCUAGCAGCUACUCAACAUCGGUACGAAUCUGCAAUUCCACUCAAGUAUAAGGACGAUCCUCAAUUUAUGCUAGAAUAUGUUUGCAGAAAUACUUUUGCCUUUUUCUUAUGCUCACCGAGACUGAGAUAUGAUUUUGAGUUUGUAAAAACAUGCGUCAAGAAAAACGUGUUUAUUGUCAUGUUGCGAGUGAGUGACAAGUGGCGUUAUGAUAUUUCAUUCAAAUUACGCAAUUUUUUAAAAUCAGAGAUGAUUGAGUUUUUCAAACAUGUAAACAUCAAUUUUCCCAAGUUGCGAGCGCUCCCAAGAUUAAGGAACGGUCCUUUAUACGAACAAGAUCGAGGGACGGUGAUUAGUCCUUCUUCGGCAUUACGAGUCGUGCAAGAAAAUGGGUUAUUCCUUCAAUACUGCUCUGAAGAAGCAAGGUCAGACAGAAAUAUAGUGAAACAGGCCAUACAGGAGAAUGGUAUGGCAUUACAAUUCGCCUCUGAAGAAUUGAGGAACGACCUGGAGCUUGUCCGUAUAGCAUUACUGAAUAAUCCAGAGAUUUAUAGUCAUCUUUCACAAACAGUACAAGAGGAUUCAUCUAUUGCCUUAACACUGGUAUCCAAUUUUACUGAUCAAAUGCAUCGAAUUCCAGAAUGUCUAAAGAUUAAUACUGAUUUUCUGUCGAAGGCCAUUGAUGCAAAUCCAAAUAAUAUUUGGAGUUGUACAUCAGCCUUUCAAUUUGUAAUGAACGAUUGCAAAAGAAAUUAUUUGAAAUAUCUACUCAUGCCAGAGAUGCCUUUGUACGUGCUUGUUCUUAAAAUCCCACGAACUGAUUGGGGAAAUUUUGAAGUUGUGGCGUCAUUGAGUUUAAUGUUAAAAAAUUUUAAUGAAAUAAGAAUGACAAAAAAGAAAAAUCCGACUGUCAGUUCGGUGCGUUGUGAACAAGUAGUCAUGAGAAUGUUGCGAGAUCCUACCAAGAUCAUGAACGUACGAGAGGCGAUAUUUCAAAAUACUUAUGGAAUUUAA